AUGGCUGUUUCCAAUAACAUGGACCGCCCCGACCACCCAGUUCGAAUAUUGAAUCCCACAACCCUAGAAUGCAUUACUAUCCCGUAUUCCUCACCCAGCUACCCCACAUCCUAUGUUACAUACCACUUCGGGUUCAAUCCUCUUGCAGACGAGUAUAAGAUUCUCCAAGUCCAACGGUUGGAAAAAGAUUACAGGGGUAUGAGUAGUUGGGUGUAUCAGAUUUUUACCCUUGGAAAAAGUUCAUGGAGGCAAAUUGAGGAAGACUUUGACCUUAAUCAUCUAGUCCCUUUUGAUUCUCACGAGUGCCACUUCCGUAAGGGUGGUUUGUAUGCCAAUGGGGUCAUGUAUUGGUUGACACGGGACAUGAUAGUGGUUUUUGAAUUUGUACGUGAGAAAUUCAGAGUGAUGCCACUUCCACAAGGUAGUCGUCUUUAUUCUCGUCCGAAGCUGUUUGAAAUGGGCGGAUGCUUGGCUAUAAUACGGCUUCAAGAGAAAGGGUUAGAGUUAUCGAUCUUAAAGGACUACCAAGAUCAGGUGUGGGUUAAUGAGAGUACAACAUUUACGGUUCGACCACCGAAGGGGGUAGAAUAUCAUAUUCCUUUGGGUACAAUCCACACUGGUGAGGAGAUCCUCCUCAGACCUCAAAUGACGAGAGUAGUGAGGAAGGAGAUGGUCCAUUUUUACAAUAGGAAGAGGUGA